AGAGAGAGGUAACGUAAUGUGAGAUUUUACGAGUUUGAUAUAUGUAUGUGAGAUCCUACACAUAUGUAUAGCCUAACUUUCAAAAAUUCGCAAAUGUGAACGUCAUAAAUAUUUCACAUGCAACUGAUGUGUUUUUCGCAUAUAUAACUUUGAAGUUUAAUCUCGUGACAUGUCAUUUCGGAAGUCCAAAGUGCAUCGAAUGAGCCAAUAUCAUGUGCUGUCACCGUUCAAGGUGCAUGACCGUUAUAUCGCAAAAGUAAUUUUUUUUUUUUCUUGUAAAGAGGAAAACAUGAGCGAAGAGGAGGUUAAAGUUCAGUUUUUGCAGUUAAUUAAAUUUUAAACCAUGUCGCGAUAUGAUGAUGUUAUUCUGGAAGCUAAGGAAAAAGAAGAGAUUUUGCCAGAAGUAUUGGGAGGAAUACGACAUCGUAUUCCAUGGAGCGAUCGUGAAUUGCUAACUAGUGAAAUACCUGGUUUACAUGAAGUUAAAGAAUUAUUAGAGGAUGAUGAUGUCAGUGUUUUGGCAGAGGAAGAAGAUGGAGUGGGAUGUCCUCUGCCUUCAACUCCAGAAGAUGAUCAUCUAUUGGAUUGUGAGAUGACAGAAGUGUUAAAGGCUGGUGUUCUGAGUGAUGAAAUAGAUCUAAGUGCACUAGCUCAUAACGCAGCAGAGCAGGCAGAGGAGUUUGUACGAAAGGUAUGGGAGGCAUCGUGGAAACAAUGUCAUUUUCGAAACCUGCCAAGAUGGUUGCAAGACAAUGAUUUCUUACAUGCUGGCCAUAGACCACCACUUCCCUCAUUUUAUAUGUGCUUUAAAAGUAUUUUUCGAAUUCAUACAGAAACUGGCAAUAUUUGGACACAUUUGUUAGGCUGUGUUGCCUUUAUUGGUAUAGCUAUAUUUUUUCUAACACAAUCUCCUGUAGGAAUUCAAUUGGAAGAAAAAUUGGUAUUUGGUAUCUUCUUUGCUGGUGCUAUACUUUGCCUAGGAAUGUCAUUUGCCUUUCACACAGUUCAUUGCCACAGCGAAUGUGUUGGAAAGUUAUUUUCAAAAUUAGAUUAUUGUGGCAUAGCUAUGCUUAUUAUGGGUAGUUUUGUACCGUGGCUUUAUUAUGGAUUUUAUUGUGACUAUCAACCGAAACUAAUUUAUUUGUCGGUGGUUGUUGUUCUUGGCAUAACCAGUAUUGUAGUUUCUCUUUGGGAGCGAUUUGGCGAACCAAAUUAUCGUCCACUUAGAGCUGGAGUUUUUAUGGGAUUUGGACUUAGUGGAGUAAUACCAGCAGUACAUUAUGCUGUUGCCGAAGGGUGGUUUAAGGCAAUUAGUCAAGCAUCUCUCGGAUGGUUAAUAUUAAUGGGAUGUUUGUAUAUAUUGGGUGCACUGUUUUAUGCUUUAAGAGUACCUGAACGGUUUUUCCCAGGAAAAUUUGAUAUUUGGUUCCAGAGCCACCAAAUCUUCCAUGUGUUGGUAAUUGCAGCAGCUUUUGUUCAUUACCACGGUAUUACAGAAAUGGCGAUGCAUAGAAUGACAAUAGGCGACUGUACAAAUCCGUCGCAGGUGUUAGCUUUUUAAACGUACCUUUUAUCUUGUUACUCCAUAAUUUUCAUGUCAUUAAUUUAUAUAAAGAAAAAAAAGACUACGAAAAGAAGAUAUCCAAAAUCUCAUCAGUAGAAAUUUGCUGUUGAAACAUGUUAAAAACGGAACAAGAAAUCAUGUAAAAAAAAAGGAUGUAAUGGAUACAUAUACUUAAUACUAAAUUUGUGUUUGAAUAUAGUUUAGAAUACGUUGCUUGUUUA